AUGUACUCAAGUUGGGCGUACUCUUUGCUUCAUGAGUUCAAAAAUGAUCCAACACAGAUAUCAGCAAAACAGUGGCAGGGACAAGAAUCGACGAAGGGACCAACAACGGUUUUGAUAAAACCCGAUGGGAAAACCCUAGAGGCAUUUGGCUUUGAGGCGGAGACAAGAUAUACAGAACUGAUAGACGAAGACGAGCAUGAAUCAUGGCUAAAGGACGACCUUUGGCGUGUUUCAAACGACAGAAUUUCUGGCACAAUACGAGAGAAUGAGAUACACUGGGUGUUGACUGUGCCAGCAAUCUGGGAUAAUGCUGCCAAACAGUUUAUGAGAGAAGCCGCUAAACAGGCUGGUAUCGAAGAAACAAAUCUCACUGUUGCUCUAGAACCAGAGGCAGCGUCAUUGUUUUGUCGCCUCCUACCGGUCGAACGAAGUGGAAAUAAAACGUCGCUCGGCAAACUGAAAGCUAAACAGAAAUAUCUGGUGUUGGACGCGGGAGGUGGGACAAUAGAUAUUACCGUCCAUGAAGUGUUGCAGUCGAUGGAGGUAAAGGAACUGUACAAGGCGAGCGGCGGUGCUUGGGGUGGAACUAAGGUUGACGAAGCCUUCAAAGGGUUUAUCAAUGACAUUGCAGGGUUCGACGCCAUGGCCGAUUUAAAGCGUAAACACCUCGACGAUUACAUCGAAUUGUUUCGUCGAUUCGAAAACAAGAAGCGGUCCAUUUCACCAGACAUAGACAGCAAAACGGUUAUUCCCCUUCCUCAGUCCCUGUGCUCAUUGAUAGAGAAACGACAGGGACGAGCCUUGUGUGACCUCAUCAAGAACACGUCUUAUGCCAAUUUGGUGUCAAUGAAAAACGAGAAGGUCAACAUCGACGCUAGCGUUGCUAGACAGUUUUUCGAUACAUCUGUUUCAAGCACAGUUGAGCACUUGAAGAACAUUCUAAGCUUGCCAGUAAACAGGGGUGUAGAAGCUAUUUUGAUGGUAGGUGGAUUUUCAGAGUCACCUAUGCUUCAACACGCCGUUAGCACGGAGUUCGGAGCUGUGAAAAGAAUUGUUCCACGGGAAGCAAGCCUGGCAGUACUGAAAGGGGCUGUAAUAUUUGGGCACAACACAAAAGCUAUCAAAGAACGUAUUAGCCAACGUACUUACGGUGUUGAAACGACUUCUCCUUUCGAUGCAACCAAACACGUUGUGACCAAAAAGAAAUAUUAUGAAGGAAAAGCCCGAUGCCGCAAUGUGUUUGAAAAACAUGUAGAAAUCGGACAGAAACUUACUGUUGGCAAAGCACAAUCUAACAUAAUAUAUCAUCCUCUAUAUGCUCACCAAACUUUUAUCAGCCUGCCAAUUUUCACAACGUGCGAUAAGAAUCCCAUGUACACGACAGACCCGGGGUGUAUUCAGGUUGGGAACCUUGAAAUACCAAUAUGUGGCAGCGGAACAAACAGAUGGGUAAACGUACGAUUCAUUUCUGGAGGGACGGAAAUCGAUGUCGAGGCAACAGAGAAAGCAACAGGAAAGGUUCACCACUUGAAGAUAGACUUUCUGACAUAA